AUGGCUGUCAAGUAUGGCGUCCGCAUGGCGAGGUUCCUCCAAGACUGCAUUUACGGCGACGCAACCGAAGAGUUAUCCGCCAUCUCGACCUGGCUCGCGAAGCUCCAUUUCACAGUCGCCUGUGUGCGGCGCGCCACGGCUUGGAGCAACGAUUCUGUAGUCCACGGAGCCCUCACGCAUUGCCAAGCCAUACUCGACCCGUUGCAUUCUAUUUUGGAGACGCACAUGGAUGACGCGGCCGGAUGGCCCAUAAAGGACCGGAAAGCACUGCGUGUACUAAGAAUGCAGCUGGAGACACAUCACUCGAAGCUUCUUGUGAUGUUUGCGACAGUAGGCUCAGGUUCCUAUCCGGCUGUUCUCCUGCCGACGGAUCAAGACCCGGUCUUCGUACGAGUGCAAACCUCGGAUAUCACGAUUAUUCGUGGGCGAGUUGCCCGUCUGCUGGAAAAUAUCUCGUCCAUUCGUCGCGGGAUGGCGCCUGGUUUGUCGGAACAUGUCCGCACGCAACCACAUGUAGACAUCGACCAGGCCCUCGAGUUUGCAAUCGACACCCAGGCAAUAGCGCAGUCGCGACUUUUGUUUUCUUUAGAGGGUCAGGACCCCUGUCAAUUCUCAACUGACAGCAGCUUCUUCCUCGCCCACAAGCGGGGUCCUGAUCUUCGCUCCGUCUGCACAUCCUUCUACGAAGUGCCGGGCGGCAAGUUGGCCAGGCGCAUAAAUCUACCGCUGCCUGAAAAGGGCUUAAAUGGUUUCCUUAACACUUUCCUCUCACCAUCGGGGGAGCUGGUAUGGUACCACUUCAUAACGGCUGGCAGUGACGAUGUCUGGCAACUUUGGUCAUGCGAGUAUGACAUGGACAGCUGGUCGGUGCGGUCGACCAUUUCCACCGUCCUCGAAGAACCGGAUAUACUAUUUCGUAGGACGGUCCCUGACAGCCCGAGCCUAAUGUGUGUCUUCUCGGACAAUGGUAGCAGGAUGGCAAUAUGUUUCCAGACAACAUUGUACGUCUGGACACGACAUAGAGCAGAUAACGGGGACGAUGCAGCCAAUACCCAGUCGUCAUGGUCAUGCACCAAAAUAUCCCUAGCUCUGCCGCUGCGGAAGUCUGAGGACACCUCGCGAGCAGCCGGCACGGGCUUGCUGCUCUGGAAAGCCUACUUAGUCCCGGAUCAUCUGCGUUUCGUGGGCCCCGGGGGUGAACGGAUCCUUGUGUGCGGUGCAGAUCACUCGGACCCAUCUCAGCCCCGGAUCGUCCUGAGGAGCUGGGACUGUGCGUCCAGUCGACAGCUUGUCAACGAGGAUGUCGAAGUGGCCAGUUAUCGCAUGAUCCUGUAUCAGUUCCCGAUCUGGAAUAUUCCUAUCCGAUACGCCUAUCUAAGCGACACCCGUCUCAUACUUUGGAAGCUGCCCGUCAUGCAGCCUGCGAGCCUAGGCGUUCUGGACGUAACGCAAAGGUCUUGGACGCCACUCGACUUUGUUGAGCCCCCUCCGGUAGACAAGAGGUGCCCCUUCAUUGCGAGCCAUUCGUCGCUUCGUCUAUCCAUGGACCGCCGUCUCUUAGCUCUUAUGGGCUGUAUAGACAUCGUGACAACAAAAACCCCGAAGACCCACAAACUCGACUUUGUAAUAGACAUCUGGGACCUCGAGAGGCGGGAACGCGUGCGGCGCUUCAAGGACGUAUGUGGCGGCGUGCCGCGCCUGUCCGAUGACUUCAGCACGUGUUGGGUUUGGAACGAGGACAAUCGGUUCUCUGGUCGCGGCUACAAGCAGGGCAAAUCUGUGUGGAGUCUACCCAAGUAUUAUGACUCUGCCACGUUCGACCAUAGGCACAGGGAGGCUUAG